UCAGCCAUCAUCCAUCCUCCAUUAACCCUUGUGCGUCUGAAAGAAAUUGAAUCAAUCGAAUCCCUUUUGUUCCUCCACCAGACCCAGGCUUCCUUCUCUGUAUCUGUGUCUGUCCGAUUCUAUCCGACAUGGCCGCUGAAGAGUCCACUAACCCCCCAGCUCAACCUGCCUCUUUGCCCCAGUACCCAGAGAUGAUUUUGGCUGCGAUCGAAGCACUCAACGACAAGAAUGGCUCGAACAAGUCCUCCAUCUCGAAGCACAUCGAGGCCACCUACGGCGAACUCCCGCCGGCGCACUCCACGCUGUUGUCUCACCAUUUGAACAAGAUGAAGCAGAGUGGUCAGCUCCUCGUGGUCAAGAACAACUACAUGAAGCCUGACCCUGAUGGGCCACCGCGCCGCGGCCGGGGCCGUCCGCCGAAGCCCAAGGAUCCGCAGCCGCCUGACACGGCGGUUUCGUCGCCGAGGCCCAGAGGCCGCCCUCCCAAGCCCAGAGACCCUGCAGCUCCUCCACCGCCGACAAAGUCACCUACUUCGACUUCGGGUAUUAGUACUGGGCGCCCUCGUGGGAGGCCACCGAAGAAGGCCAAGACUACGACUCCUGCUGGUGGCAGCGAUUCGACAGCACCGCUGACCGGAGUAAAGAGAGGGAGAGGGCGGCCGCCGAAGGUGAAACCGGCGGUGGCCACACCGGUAGGGGUCUGAAUGAUGAUUAGUCUUAGGGGCGUUAGUGCUAAUUGUUUUAAUUUUAUUUUCUUGGGUUUUUCUAAUGUUUUAGUCUUUUUCUUUGGUUUAUUUCUUUAAUUUAUUUUAAAGUCAUAACUUUGGUGAGUUGGAAACAUGGAGUUGGAGUGAGUGAGUAGGUCAUUUCCCCCGGGAUUUGGGGGGUGUUUGGCAAAUGCGAUGACUGUAAUUCCCAAUGUAAAUGGCUGGCUGUGGAGGCCCCCUCUCCUUCUUCUU